AUGCUUCCGGGCCUGAAUAUUGAUACUAACGCCCUGCGCAUCCCGUCCACAGUAGUUGACGAUCAAGUUAGAAUUCAGCGGCUUGUUCGAGCAUUUCAAGAAUUUGGUCACCAAGUAGCAAACACUAAUCCCUUGGAUCUUCCAGGUAAAGCGCCGCCACCACCAGAAUUACUACUGGAUUUUUACGGCUUUACCGAGUAUGACUUGGACCGAGAGUUUGCACUCGGACCCCAAGUUCUUCCUUCCUUCAAAACCACAACCCGCCAAUAUAUGACCCUUCGCGAGAUUCUCACGACAUGCAAAUCCAUUUACUGCGGCUCGAUCGGAGCUGAAUAUUCCCAUCUCGCAACCAAUGAAGAGCGCAGCUGGAUUCGGGAGCGCAUUGAAUCCCCCGAACCAUAUCAGUUCCCAGCAGAAGAAAAGAAGAGGAUACUCGAUCGGUUGGUGUGGUCUACGAAUUUUGACAAAUUCCUCGCUGCCAAAUUUCCAAAUGCUAAACGAUUUGGACUGGAGGGCGUCGAGAGCCAGCUUCCAGCAGUGAAGGCAGUGAUCGAUGCCUCGGCAGAGUACGGUGUGCGCAAUAUCAUAUUUCCAUGCUGUCACCGUGGGAAAUUAAAUGUCUUGAGUAAUGUCACCCGAAAGCCAAAUGAACUGAUCUUCAACGAAUUCUUGGGCGAAUUGAAAUCUCGACACGGUAUUCCAGGAGAUGUCAAGUACCACCUGGGAAUGAACUACGAGCGUGAAACACCUUCGGGAAAGAAGGUUAAUAUUUCUAUUCUCCCAAAUCCCUCUCAUUUGGAAGCCCAGAAUCCCGUUGCCCAGGACAUGGCCCGAGCUGUGCAGCAGCAGAACGAAGAGGACCGGGCAUCGACCAUGGUCUUCAACAGUCACACCGACGCUGCAUUUUCCGGGCAGGGGUUUAUUUAUGAGACUUUGGGACUAUCUGCGCUGAAGUCGUACGAGACUGGUGGCACAAUCCAUUUAGUCGUUAACAAUCAAGUCGGAUUCACUAUAGAUCCGGAUUCCGCACGAACAUCAUCCAAUGUAUCCGAUAUCGUGAAAACCAUCGGUGCACCUGUUUUCCACGUAAAUACAGAUGAUGUCGAAGCUGUCGUGUUUGUCUGCAAGCUUACAGCCGGUUACUGUGCCAAAUUUGCAAAGGACUGUUUGAUCGAUAUGAUCUGCUAUCGGAAGAAUGGAUACAAUGAGAUGGAUUAG